AUGCCCAGCACCCGGCACAGUACGCAAGGGCCGUCGGGAGGACUGGCUGCCUCCCACGCGAGGAGGCAAGGCGGGACGAGGCGGUGUCUUCCCUCAGGAACGGAAAUGAUUAGUUCCCCCAAUCUUAGGUGUCUAGUAAGGAAGAGACGCAAAGGUUUUGUGGGCUUAUCUGUCCUGGUGAACCAGCCGCGCUGUAAAGCACAAACAGAAGCAGCUGUGCUCCCAGAGGGAGCAUCCCAGGAAAUGGAGAUGGUGGAUACUAAUGCCUCGAGGGACCAGCAAGUCUGCAAGUUCUCGGAGGACUACAAGCAAAUCUACCUGUCCCUGACCUACAGUGUCAUCCUCAUACUAGGGUUACCCCUGAAUGGCACGGUCUUGUGGCUCUCCUGGCGCCAAACCAAGCCUUGGAGCUGUGCCACCAUCUACCUGGUGAACCUGAUGGUAGCUGACCUGCUUUACGUGCUGACGCUGCCCUUCCUCAUCAUCACCUACUCCCUGGGUGACAGGUGGCCCUUCGGGGAGCUGCUGUGCAGGCUGGUGCGCUUCCUGUUCUACACCAACCUUUACGGCAGCAUCCUGCUAUUGACCUGCAUCUCCGCGCACCGCUUCCUGGGCGUGUGCCACCCGCUGCGCUCGCUGCCCUACAGGAGCCGCCGGCACGCCCUCCUGGGCACGGCCACCACCUGGGCCCUGGUGGUCCUCCAGCUACUGCCCACCCUCUUCUUCUCCCACACAGACUACAUCAAUGGCCAGAUGGUCUGCUACGACAUGACCGGCCCAGAGAAUUUUGAUCAGUUCUUUGCCUAUGGCAUGGUUCUGACACUGUCUGGCUUCGCCUUACCUUCGUUGGUCAUCUUGGUGUGCUACUCGCUGAUGGUGAGGAGCCUGAUCAAGCCAGGAGAGACCCUCAGGAGGACAGGCAAUGCAGCCCGGGCCAAGUCCAUCCGGACCAUCUUGCUGGUGUGCGGCCUCUUCACCCUCUGCUUUGUCCCCUUCCACAUCACACGUUCCUUCUACCUCACACUCCGCUUUCUAUCUUCACAGGACUGCCAGCUCUUAAUGGUGGCCAGCAUGGCCUAUAAGAUAUGGAGGCCUCUGGUGAGCAUGAGCAGCUGCCUUAACCCAGUCCUGUACUUUCUAUCGGUUGGUAAUAACAGAGUCAGGCUCUUGAAGGAACUCAGGCAUAAUAAGAAUUAGGUUCCAACAGGACAGGGACCUCAUCUGUCUGACUGCUGUACCCCUAAGGCGCCUCCGCAGCAGGGCCCAGCACACAGUGAGUGUACAAUCAACAGGAGUGGAAUGAAUAAGUAAUGAGUGGAUGCAUGGAUAAAUGAACAAAGCCCUUACCAUGGAAAAGCACUUUACAUGCAAUAAUUCAUUUGUUCCUCACAACAGCCCUUGGAGGUGCGAACUACUGUUAGCCCCAUUUACAGAUAAACAAAGAGCCUUAAGUAACUUGCCCAAGGUCACCCAGCUGCAGAAUGGUUAGAUCCUCAUGCUGGAUGGAAGCUUUGAACCCAGGCACCAGCC